ACUUCAGUUUCUUCCACCAUAUGCUUUUUCUUCUUUUCUGUAUAUCUUAUAUAAGAAAUAUGUCAGACCAUCAAUUUUGUUGUUCAAGUUAUGAAUCUCAGCGAAGCCUCCCAUCAGUUCCUUGCAUCACUUCCCAACUUCACCUGCAACACUACUAUCUUUCCAACAUCCAACACCACUGCCUCACCACUCUAAAAGGCCACACCUCCUAUGUCUCCUCUCUCGCCUUCGACGGAAAGUUCCUUUACACAGGCUCUUCUGAUAAGGAAAUUCGAUUAUGGAAGUGCAACGAUCUCAACUCUGAUUUUGAAUUUGAAAAUUUAACCAAUAACAUAGUGGUUAUGGGAAAGGGUGCUGUGAAGUCCUUGAUAGUAUUAGCUGAUAAACUCUUCAGUGCUCACCAAGAUCACAAGAUACGGGUGUGGAAAAUCAAUAAUGAUGGCCCUGAUAACCAAAACUACACUCGGCUGGCAACGUUGCCGACAUUAAGUGACCGCGCCUCAAAGCUUCUCCAGCCCAAGAAUCAUGUUCAAAUCCGAAGACACAAGACAUGCACCUGGGUCCAUCAUGUAGAUACAGUAUCUGCACUGGCUUUAUCCAGAGAUGAGACCCUGCUUUAUUCUGUUUCCUGGGACAGGACACUCAAAAUCUGGAGAACCAGUGAUUUCAAAUGCUUGGAAUCAGUAACAAAUGCUCAUGACGAUGCAAUAAACGCAGUGGCAUUAUCCGAUGACGGUGAUGUUUACACAGGAUCAACUGACAAGAAAAUCAAGGUGUGGAGGAAAAUCCCAGGAGACAAGAACCAUUCUCUUGUUACUACACUAGAAAAGCAUAAUUCGGGGAUCAAUGCUUUAGCUAUAAGUCUUGAUGGGUCUACUUUGUACUCCGGUGCCAGUGACAGGUCCAUAGUUGUCUGGGAGAAGGACGAUGGUGGCGAUGGCAUGGCAGUGGCUGGUGCCCUUAGGGGGCAUACAAAGUCUAUAUUGUGUUUGGCUGUAGUGUCGGACUUAGUUUGCAGUGGUUCAGCAGAUAAAACAAUCAGAAUCUGGAGGAGAGGGGUGGACGGAAAUUACUCGUGUUUGGCAGUCUUGGAAGGGCAUGAAGGCCCCGUUAAGUGCUUAGCUGGAGCGGUUGAUCGUUCCAGCCGUUGCGAUACAUCCUAUGUUAUUUAUAGCGGAAGCUUGGACUGUGACAUCAAGGUGUGGCAGAUUAUUGCUCCCCUUCCCUAUGGAGAUCUUGAAUCUUGAUUUUUCUUUGUUAUAAUGUUCUUCUCCUGGCCAUUUUUUUGUACCAGCAAGCUUAGUGUUUGCAAUUUAGUUCUAUGGCCAGUCUUGCAGUAGAAUUCCAUUAGUGAGCUAAAGAUCAGUGAAGAUAUUUCAACCUAUGAGACGAGGUAUUAAAAGCUGAAGCUGCAUGCCGUAGCAUUGAAUCCAAUUCAUUGGUUCAUAUAACAUCUUAAGAGAUAGUAUCAGUAAUGAGAUUUGAAUCUUGA